AUGGGAGUGCAGAGGUACAGGUUCUUCUGCUGCGGGUGCGGCGCCAAUGCGGCGGCCGGCGACCGGGAAGGCGACGAGGAUGGGGAUUUCGGGGUGUUCGACGACAAGGUAGCUGAGAAGGGGGUCGAAGCCGGCCCGCGGGGGCUGUCGUGGGCGCAGGUGGAGGCGAUGACGGGCGGCUUCACCUCGGCCGUGGUCGGAGAGGGCGGGUUCAGCACCGUGUACCUCGCGCGCCUCUCCGGCGCGCUCGCCGCCGUCAAGGUCCACCGCAGCAGCGAGCGCCUCCACCGCGUGUUCCGCCAGGAGCUCGACACGCUCCAGCGCGUCCGGCACCCGCACAUCGUCCGCCUCCUCGCCUUCUGCGACCAGCCAGAGGAAGGCGUGCUGGUGCUUGAGUUCGCGGCGAACGGGAACCUGCACGAGCGGCUCCACGGCGGGGGCCAGGCCGCGGGCACGAUGCCGUGGGCGCGGCGGGUGUCGGUGGCGCUGCAGACGGCGCGCGCGCUCGAGUACCUGCACGACCGCUGCGAGCCGCAGGUGGUGCACGGCGACGUGAAGGCAUCCAACGUGCUCCUGGACGCGUCCAUGUCCGCCAAGCUGUGCGACUUCGGGUCGGCGCGGAUGGGGUUCUCGGCCGCCGUCCGCCCGCGGUCGUCCGCGCACACCAUGCUGGGGUCCCCCGGCUACGUCGACCCGCACUACAUCCGCUCGGGCGUCGUCACCAAGAAGAGCGACGUGUACAGCUUCGGGGUCCUGCUCCUGGAGCUCCUCACGGGGAUGGAGGCCUUCUGCGCGGAGGAGGGCCGGCUCCUCACUUCCGUCCUCGCGCCGCGGCUCAGGGCCGGGGCCAGCGACCCGCCCAGCUGCGACGCGCGCGGGAUGGUCGACGAGAGGCUCGGCACCGCUUACGACGCCGCCGAGGCAGCCGCGGUGGCGGCGCUGGCCGCGGCCUGUGUGGGCGAGAACCCCAGCCUCCGGCCGUCCAUGGCCGACGUGGUGCGCACCCUGGAGCAGAGCGCGCAGGGAUCCAUCUCCGCCAUGGGGAGGAGAUCGGACGGACACGGGAAGGUAUGA